AAAGAGAGAGAGAGAGAGAGAAGAGCUUAUAAAGGAGAAUUAGGAGCAAUAACAAGAAAGGUGAGAGGCCCAAACAGGAAAGAGCAAUGUCCCAAGAGUUAAGGGGAAAGAGAACUGGGGUCACGUACUACAGGACAUCAAAGAGGAAGAAAAUUAAGAAGUGACCCUGGGAAUUACCGAUGAACCAUUGGAAGGGUGGUUUUCAUGGAGUGGUGAAAGCAGAAGGCAGCAUGCAGUGGAUCAAGGAGUAAAUGGAGAUAAGGAAGAAAGAAAGAGAGAGAACAUUUGCUUUAUAGAGGGAGAGGUACGUUAAUUUUAAGUUGUGAAAGACUUUAACUAAGGAAUAAGAGCCAGUUGGGAUAGAUAAAGAAAAGGAAAGAAGAUGAAGAGACUAAUGCUUUUCUUUUUUGAGCAUUGUUGGAUUUUUUUCCUUUUUGAUUACCUAUUCUACAAGUAAUUCAUGCAAAUUAGCUCAUUUCCCCUAUGUACAUCCUCAGAUAGGAGUGGUUAAUGGUUUUCUCUCCACUUCCCCUCCUUAGCACAGCCUUUGCACGCAUGUGGUGUGAAUACCUGAAGGAGAAUAUGGAUGAGUCCCUUUGGACUCAUUAUAAUGGAGUUUUUUUUCAAAAAUAUUCUCAUAUUCAUAAAGAAAAAACGACUCUAAAAGAAGUCCCUCACAGAGCUUUGGAGUGUAUGAAAGAAAAUUUGACCAUGGAAGACAAAGACUGGAGUUGCUGUCCAAAGAACUGGACGUCCUUUGGUUCUAACUGCUACUUUAUUUCUGUUGAAAGCGGUACAUGGGAUGAGAGUGAGAAAAAAUGCUCAAGUGUGAAGACUCACCUGCUGGUGAUCACCACCAAGGCUGAACAGGAUUUCAUCAUCCAGAAGCUGGAUGAAAACAAUGCUUAUUAUGUGGGGCUGUCAGACCUACAGGGAAAAAAUAAUUGGCAAUGGGUUGAUCAGACACCAUACAAUGAAAGUGCCACAUUCUGGCACUCAGGUGAACCCAAUGAUCUCAGUGAACAUUGUGUUAUACUACAUUUUCGUGCUUCACCAAGAAAAUGGGGUUGGAAUGAUGUUCGUUGUAAUCAGCAUCAGAAGUUUAUUUGCAAGAUGAUGAAGAUUUACUUAUGAGUGGAACAUUCUCCAUGAUCGUGUGGUUGAACUGGUCAUCCAGAAGAACCUAGAAGGGUAGAGGAGAAUUUCUUCUUACCUGAAGACAUGAACAUACACAGAGCGUGGCAGAGACUAUUCUGCAGACAAAUGGAGGCAGCAUGAACCACAUCUUCUAAUUUUGGUCUGAUUGCUAAGGGGUUAGACACUGGUUAAGUUUUAUGAUGUGGUUUCUCCAUCUGUCUGAAUUUUCCUCUGUAUGGGUUAGUCAACAGCAAAAUCAUUCCCGUCAUUGCUUUUUUUCAUUUCUCUCAGACAGAUGUAUUAUCUUGAACCAAAAGCAUAUUUUAUAAAGGUGGAAUGUAAUACACAUCCAGGGAAGAUAAAUUCCAGCUUUGUCCAAGUAGAUUUUUUGGGCUUCCUAACAUUCUCUGUUCAGUCUUGGGCUGUCAUUUAACAUCAGGGUACAAGCAGAGGGAAGUCGGAAAUUGAGUGCUGGAGACUUAGAAUUAGAGAAUUGGCAUUGGACGUUAUUACGGUGAAGUUACAUUCAUCCAUCAAGUAUUCUGAUAAUUUUUUCCUUUGGUUAAAUUUUAUAGUUUCUUUGUAUGUAUUCCCACUCAAUUUCCGGUUGUAUUUAUAUUCCUCUCUUUACUAAAGGUAUUACAGAUCAUUUUUCUACUACAAUAUAUCAUAUUUACAAUAAAACUAAUUUGUUACAUUAGCAUGGUAAUUAUAAUCAACCAUGACAAAGCUGAUUCUAACCAUGGCUAUCCCAGUGUGACCGCCUGAGGUUAUGCCCUGAUUAUCUUGAUGCAAACAAGUAAUUAAUUUUGCCAUCCAUUUCCUGAUUAUAUCUAAGGAUGAGUUACUAUUAUACAGGUCUGAUCUUAUCCACUGCAUGUAGAAUUUACCGGCCCAAUUCUCAGAGACCAGCUUACAUAACAAGAAUUCUGGCAGAAUUCUUGCUGGCCUUUAUUUACAAUGAGUUUUCCCAUUAUUAUUUCAAUUCUAAUAUGGAGAUGGAAUGAAAGAAGGGCACGAAGAACCUCUUCACUAAAUGCCUUAGAUUGUCAGAGUAGAAGAUGUGCUUGACCUGGAGUGAAAUGGAAAAUAGUAAUAGUCAGUAUUGGAAUUUUUUUCUUCUCUCCACAUUGUAUUUUAUGAAUGUGAUUUAGAGUCUUUUUGAUUUUCCUUUGAGCACCAGCAAAUUAAGUUUGGACAUAACAGAUUUUAUGUUAAGAUUUGUGUUUAAAGUGUGAUAUUAAAAUGAAGUAGCCAUCUGAGUAUCCAUUAAUGGACAGAAUUGUGAAAAUAAUAAAAUAGCUCUUUCAAGCUA